UUAUCGCCCAAAGGCGGAUUACUUCGAAGAGAUAUCUUGUAGAGGAUUGAAGCAGUUCACCAGCUGUGUGUGUGUUUUGGAAUGGUGGCACAGUUUUACGAACACUGUUUGCCGCAUCUUCUUUUAACUAGUCGCAUUGAACGCUUUUAACGAACGGAUCUCCGUGUUUCAGUGGAACUUUACUUUUGGGACUUGUGUUGCUGUAACUGAUAUCAACGCCGUUUGUGGACUAUUCACUGAUUGUGUGCCAUUGUUGUGAUUGUGAGAGAUAUUUUUUUGAUUCCCUUUGGAUUAAAGCUUACCUUAUUAUGGGCAGACGGAUACAGCUCUCGUGGAAAGAAAGUUUUCUUAUUUUGUGUCUGACACUUCUUUUUUCUCAGGUUUUGGCCAAAGAAAUAGACAGUGCUCAAGAUCUACAACAGGAAGAAUCUGUUAAUCUUCCUGCCGAACACAGAGGGGACUAUGGGGGAGAGUUUGGAGGAAAUGGCUUGGUACCAGGACAUGGCCAUGAUCCAUGGCCAGGUGGCAGACCAGACAUGGCCCAAAUCAAAGCCCUCAAUGUUAAAUGCGAGAAAAAUCACAUGAAAGUAUACAUCGAAUUCGACCGACCCUUUUAUGGAAUGAUCUUCAGCAAAGGCCACUACAGUGAUUCAAAAUGUGUUCAUCUCCCUCCCGGCACCGGACAUCUCGAAGCUAAAUUCGACAUUUUCUUGGGAGGGUGCGGCAUGACAAGUAGCCAAAGUAACGGUUAUAACUUACCCGCUGAACAGAGCACAGGCUUGUUCAUAGAGAACACCAUCAUUGUUCAAUAUGAUCCACAAGUGCAGGAAAUUUGGGAUCAGGCCAGACGACUUAGAUGCACAUGGUAUGAUUACUACGAAAAAGCUGUUACUUUUCGACCUUUCCAAGUCGACAUGUUGGACGCAGUAACAGCCAAUUUUCUUGGAGACAACAUCCAAUGUUGGAUGCAAAUCCAAGUUGGUAAGGGACCCUGGGCGAGCGAAGUGGCUGGAAUCGUAAAAAUUGGUCAAACUAUGACAAUGGUACUAGCCAUUAAGGAUGAAGAGAAUAAAUUCGACAUGCUGGUCAGAAACUGUAUUGCCCAUGACGGUCACCACCAGCCUAUUCAACUGGUGGACGAAUAUGGCUGCGUCCAAAGACCAAAAAUCAUGAGUCCCUUCCAAAAGGUUAAGAACUUUGGAUCGUCGGCUUCAGUGGUAUCGUUCGCUUACUUCCAAGCAUUCAAAUUCCCCGAUUCAAUGAAUGUGCACUUCCAAUGCGUAAUUCAAGUUUGUAGAUAUGAAUGUCCAGUACCGCAAUGCGCAGGUGAUCUUGGUGCUGGAUACUUACCAGCACCACGCGAUCCUUCUUACACGGAAAACAAAGUAGUAUCUUAUUCCGGACCUGAAGGUCAUCCGGAUUCUAAUCAUCAAGCACUUUUAGGAGCAACUGAUCAUGAUGGAUCCCUUGGACACGGAUCACUUGACCAUCAUGGAGAUCCUUCCCUUGUUGGAAAUAAGGACUAUGCUCCUGUCUUCUUCAAUCGUCAAGGAGAGCAAGUACCUGCUAAAGGUAACAAUGUUCAUAUAGGCAGUGGUUAUGGGGUAGCAGGUACUGGUGGUACACCGAGGGCUCUUAAAGAUCACAACAGGAAAAGACGUCAAACGAAAGAACAGAUGACGGAUAUUUCGACACAGAAGGUCAUUCAGGUCGUGGCACCUGGUGACGUAGCCUUCAGCUUGCCAAGCGACGAAAAAGAAACGGUGGUAUAUGCCAGCAGAGCUGAAGGUGAGGGCGUAUGCAUGUCCAUCCCCAGUUUUGCCGUAGGACUAGUUUUCCUGUUGCUUCUACUUGCCAUAUCUACUCUCGUGGCAGGAUUCCUGUUCAUGAGGGUCAAGCACCUAACAGCAAAAGAAGAUAAUUCUAUUUCGUACGAUAACACAGAGUUUUUAAAGGUAGCAGUGCCAAUGGUUCACUAACGCUCAAACUGUUUGCUUUAACAUUUAGAAAGAUAGUCACUUGUUGGAAGCAAGUAAAUGAUUGAACUAAUAUUGUAGGUGCUACACUACCUCGGUAUUCAAGUUAACUGUUUAUAAUUUAAAAAGUUGUGUGAGUUUUACGUCUAAACCGUUAAAAACGAGGUGAUUGUUUUUGUUCGCAUAUAUAUCCAGUGAUUUCACCUCCUGGUCCAAAUAUUUAUGUUUAUUUAUUGACUUGGUGAAUCGAUUGGAUAUCUGAAACUAUCCUGCACUCAUUUCAAUUUCAAAAAACUCUUUUUACAUAUUUCCUUUAAAAGGAAAGUUCAAAAACAUUUCUAAACACGCACUCGUUUUCUUUUGUUCGUGGUCUUCAAACUCAUAUGGCUUAACUUCUUAAAGUCCUGGAUGGGGAAAAUAGUUAGGUAAGUGCCUCGUGAUAUUUUAGGGAAACUGCACUGCACAAACUCCUGCACAUAGUCUGUAUUCUUAAAUUUUUCCUUUUUAUUUCUUACGACAUUCUGCAAAAAAAUAUUAAAAUAAAAUUUUUAAUUAAUUGCUCUAUUUGCAUAGCCAACAGGAUUUAUAAACCAUUUUCUUUAUGAAUCUUAGAUUAUCAUAUUUCUACCUACUAUUUUUUCAUAAAUCUAAAAGAAAAAAUUGAUAAUCUUGAUCAGAUUUUUAGUUUAGUAUACGUAGCAUAUAUUCGUAAUAUAUUUUCGUACAUCUUAUAUAUGAAAUACUCAUUUUUCACGAUCAUUUUAAAAUAACUAUGUAGGAUUUAAAGUUUUAAUUUUAAAAUAACUGAUAAGCUUCUGAUGUAUGUGAAAAUCAGGACAAAAACGAGUUAAUUUCCAGCAAAGGUACACUAGCGCCCUGGAGGCUUUGGUGACAUUUUUUAAUAUAGUUUGAAAUAGAUUUUUUAAUUUAUAUAUUAUUUCAUUUUCAACCUCUUCUCAAAAGCUCUUAAGUCUCAGCAAGAGUUUUAGUCUUAGAGAAAAUAUAAAUGGUGUGAGCUUUUAAAAAUAUUUAUUAACUGACGGACUCGGUGGUAAAAAGUGGUAGCCCACAUUUUAGUAGUAUAAAGAUUUUUCUGUCUCAGAUACUUCAGAGAUGCAUUAUUGCUUAUGAAAGUGAACCAGCACUGUUAUCAAUAGCUUCGUAUUUUGACCGAGAUUCGGAGGAAAUAAAAGCUCUUAUUAGAUAUCAUAAUUUAGUGAAAAGAACUGAAAUUUUGUAAGAUGUGUGUCAUCACUUUUUACUCCCGAUAUCUCCCAAUUAUAAAAAGAUGAAAAAUAGUACUCAUAAUAUCCAAAACAGUCACUUUUUAAAAAAAGAUAUUUAUAUUUUGAUGUAUAUUUAAGAACAUUGUUAUGUGUGUCCUCACGUGAAACUGUUGAUGUUUUUUGUAAAUUAUUUAUCUGUUUUUCUCUUAUGAACAAAUGCAAGAAAUAACUUUUUUUUAUUUGUGUUUUUCAAAAGCAUGUUUUUAUGAAAAUUCGAUUUCGCUGCAGCGAAAUAAAGUUUCUCGGUAAAAUACCGAGAAUUUUGUACAUAUGUAUUUUUUGUUAAAUUUAUUAAAGGAAUGAGAAACUA